CUCUACACCGACGUCCGUCUACGUUCCAAAUAAAAAAAUUAAUAAAAUACAAUGCCAAUGACCCGUAUACGCGUACCGUGUCUCCGUCUGGAUCUCGAGUGGAUGAAGCGGAAAGAAAACAUAGCCAUUGCCAGAAAUUUCAGAAUGUUGUGGCCAGCAAACAUUGCUGGUUUAGUCGGUCUGUGACGGCAUAGCUAGCUGCGGUUCUGGACUGGUCUUCAUGCUAGGGAUUUUCAGAAAAAUUGCUCCGUUUAUGCUGUUGCUCAGCUUUCAAGACAAGAGUUCCAGGCCCGCGUAAAGAUCUUUGUAUUCUUCGCCAACACAGGGACGGUAGGAAAAUGUUAGCUCAACUCUCAGCUGUUCGUCGACUGUUGGUUGUGAGCGCCGUGGCGUGCUCUGUGUGCGCCGCACAGCUCCAGCCGUUCGGAAAGGCCGGCGACGUCGCGAUAGGAGCACUUCUUCCGCUCCACUCUGGCCCUGGAUGCUCGGGCAUCACUGCCUCCAGGCCCACGAGCUUGCUGUUCGUCGAGCCGCUCAUUUCCCAACUCCGGGCGAGAAAUUUCCGCCUGGAAGCGAGCAGCAAGGGCUGCCGGAAUGGCUCGGACGUGAGUAAUUCUUCUGAUUGUGUUCGCGUGUCGUUCUCGUUGGGCUACGAGUUCGCGGACACAUACCUGAGCAGCAGCAAACACGCCGUCAAUGGCCUCUUGUCCAUGCUGAGAGCCACUUGUCCCGCUGACGGCAGCGACUGUCCGGGAAGUCGACUCGGCGACAGUACCGUGGCCGCCGUGGUCGGACCACUGUGGAACACUCCCACGUUUGUCGCAGCACCAGUGGCCAGUGCCUACAGGACGCCUAUGAUAGGCCUACUGGCUAGCAGUGAUAGAUAUCGAUGUGACCUCAACAACGAAGGCACCAUCAAGGAUACGACGUGCGUGCAGGACUUCGAGUACAUGUUCCGGAUGGUUGCGUCCGACAUCUUCGGAAUUAUUGCCAUCGGUCGUAUCAUCGAGGCGCUGGAUGUAUCGUAUGUGGGUGUUGUUAGCUAUACCGACGAGUUCCAUCGCACGGCGAGGAGAUCGCUGCUGCAACUUCUCAACGGCGAUACGUUCAUUGACGGCAUAUCUCUGAAAGUCAACCCGAACAUGUGCCUGGCGUUUCGCACGGAGUUCAGUGCUACGGAUGAGCUGAGGAGAUUGGUGGACUGCAGGAUGGCGCCGACGAACUGUCAGGAACUGUGCGACCUCUACUCGGGCUCGCCGCCCAGCCAGAGCCUGCGGGAUGUGGUGGACGCGCUGAACAAGAAUCCCCGGCUGCUGUACAUCGUGCUGCUGGCCGCGGACGCCGACUCCAGCCUGCUGAUUGACACGCGUGCGUACAUGGCCUGCGGUUGCGGUGCACAGCCGAAGGCGGACUGCGAUGUGCCGCCACGCCAGGUGACCAUCAUUGGCAACGAAAAGUGGUUCCUGGGCAUAGAGGCCAGGGCUGGCAGCAGGUUUUACCAACGCUGCGCCGGCCUCGGCAAUAUCAUGCGCCCCAGACCCGACUACAUGCCCUACCUGAAACAGUUCGGCGAACGGCUGCUGGAAAGCGCACGUGCGGCGAUCGGAGACUUCAUCAUCUCGCCAACUCCAGCCUUCAGUCAACCGGAUCCCUACUUGUGCGAUGACCUGGAGAAGCUGCUUAGCUUCAAGGGUGUGUGUAAUGCUAGUGUGAGCUGCGCAGAGCGAGGGAGCACCUGCGUCGACCGGCAGAGCGUGGCGUCGAGUGCCGGCCCGCAGCUAGGUGGAUUUGUACGCGAGCGAUACAUUUUCUUGGCGUCGGCUGCUCUGCUGACGGCUAUGGACAACUUGAUGCAGCGGUUUGUCGACAGUAGUGAGGCACGCGCCGGUCAGCACUCUGCAGCUGAUUUCCGUCGGUACGCGUACGGUCCAAGGCUUCUGCAAGCGGUGAAGCAAGUUCAAGUGUGCGAGGAUGGAACCCUGUUCAACGGCUCCGCCUGCCCCACCGGAUCACCGACUCAUUUCUUCAAAGUCAACGGCAAUGAGGUUGAUGCGUCAUUUCAUCUCUCCUCGUUCGACAAGAUGCGCAAGGAGGAGACACUAUUUUCUUUUGGCUCGUUUCAGAACAUCACUGGCCUGUUGCGUAGCGCGAUGCACGAUAUCAGUUGGAAUAGUUCCCUUGUAAGCAACAACCAAACGGUAGAGCCACCAACAGGUGGAUGCCAUCCAAACUGCAUCCCUGGCGAGUUCAAAGUUCAGAAUCGCUACACGUGCUGCUUCGAGUGCCAGCAGUGCACGGGCAAUACCAUCACACAGAUGCCUAACCUCCAGAGCUGCACGGAGUGCGAGGAGUUUGAAGUUGCGAACAAAAAUCGCAGCGCAUGUGUUGCUCUGACACAGCAACCGUACGCGCCCAGUUUCGCUUACGUCUUGAUGGCACUGUUGUCGAUCACCACGUUUGUCCUUCUCACCACGCUCGUCAUCAUGAUAAAAUUCUUCAAGACUCCAAUCAUCCAGUCGUCGGAUAAGUAUUUGACGUUUGCUAUUCUCGGAAUGCUCAUAGCCUUGUCGCUCUCGCUGAUUGUCUUCACGAGUGACCCACCGACCGUGUCGGCGUGUCGUUUCCGUGUGCUGAUGUCCUCACUGCUGACAAUCAUCAGCACAACGUUGUUCGUCAAGACGUCACGUCUGGCUCGGAUUAGCGGCGGAAUGUCGCUGCGCCAUUCCAAGUUUGUGCGCUGGACGUUCAGCAACGCCGCUCAGGUGGUCUUGGUGGUCGUGCUCAGUAGUAUUCCGUUCGGCCUCGACCUGUACAGCGCCUUUGCUGAAGACCAUGUGGUGAAGAAGACGAUCACGCGAACCGGCUCCGAGCCGUUCCUGAUACUCUGGUGUCGGGGCAAUACGGCCACGCAGGGAGUGCAGAUCGGUGUCGAUGUCUUUCUUUCUCUUAUCAUCAUUGCCACGGCCUAUGUCGCGUUUCUGACGAGGAAACUACCGGUGAGCUUCAACGAGGCCCGCUUCUUGUUCCUUGCCACGCUGACGAAUGCCAUGACCUGCUUGCCGCUAUCAGCGGCAAUAUAUCUCGUGGAGGAGGCGGCGCUGUACAUAGAAUCCAUGCGCGUGUUCUCCUACAUACUGCUGACGUGGCUGUGGCUGUUCGUGCCGCGCCUGUACAUAGUGCUGCUGCGGCCCAACCGCAAUCGCAUCAAGGCGACGUACGGUGCGGACAACUCCAGCAUGUCGCAGACGCUGCGCACGUCAACAGUGGCCGCCAUGCCUGGACUAUUGUCACCGUCGUCGGCACCGCCCAGUGCUCCUCUGUCUCGACGUGUGUCCGCAACGCCGUAUGAGUCCACUCAGUUGAAGUUCACCAGCGAGCCGACCCAGAACGGGAACAAAGCCCUAACUGUUGGCGCUGUGAGCAAGGCAAUUGGCAAUGGUAAGCCUGCUGUUAGUAGUGUAAAGGUCAAUGAAGGUAUUCACUCUGUCUCUAGUGCCGGUAGUGAAGAUCAGCAGUGAAACGUCUCUCGGCCUCUAGGUGCUUAUACGUACGUACGUACAGUGCAGUAGUUCCGCGCGUCUGCGCGUGUGUGUCCGUGUGGGUAUAUGGGUGUGUGCGCCCGCGCGCGUGUGUGUGUGUGUACGUGUAUGUGUGUGUGUGUGUGUGUGUAUGUGUGUAUGUGUGUGUGUUUGAAAACGCUCACGCCAGCAUACAUAGUACAUACCUACAUGUAUGUGUGAGACUGCAUUUUGGUCUGGGGCCAACAAUUAUAACCACUGACACAAUCCCUUGAAUGUAGAGAGUAUGUACAAGAGAGCAGCUGACGAUCGUGUAGACACGUCCUUGGCUUCUGUUGCCCGGUACCUUCUAAGAAAUUGAGAUAUUGAGUACUUCUUGAAUAUCGGCUGCUGCUUCUUUCUGUAAUGCCUAGAAGUUAUGCAGCAUAGUGUCCCCACUAACGAGAAUUACCAUCCACUUAGUUGAUGUAAUGAGUGAAGAUCAUCUUGCAUGCCGCACAAAUUGAACUUGAUUGCUGAGCCACAUAAUCUAGUCAGAAAUUAGUCAUUAAUUUUUUUAAAUGUAAUCUAAUACUGUUGGACAUUUGUUUUCACCAUUACUCACUUUUCCACUGUUUUUGGCCCAUGUACCCUAAAUAUGUGUUACUUGAGUACUGCGUUUUUUGAUAAUUGUACUGUUCAUGGUUCAACUUGUUGCUCUGCCUGCUGAAUCAUGAGAAAUUGCAACUAAGCAAUGCCAUGA